AAGGAUUCCAUAAUUCUAAAUGGUGCAAGAGAAAACACCACUCUUCAGGACCUAGCAAGCUUCUGAGAUAAACACUAUAGGAAGAAUAGGCGUGAGAAAUCAGAUCAGUAACAAGUAAUGAUAUUUUAAAGUUCUAAAUUCAAGUAAAACACAGAUUUUUAAGUAAAGGAUAGAUUUCCACUAUCCAUUUGUCUAGAUUAGUGGAGAAUAGAAAGUCUCCACUGAGACUUAUUUUUGUUACAAGGUUGUAAAGACACUUCUUAAGCCUUGGGCAAAUUUUUUCUCAUUCUUUCUAUGUUACCAUGCAAGUAGUUCUAGUGAGAUUACCAGAAAAUGUGCUGUUACCAUACUCCUGAAUCUUGAUUUAAAGGUUCUCCCCACUUCUAUCAGCUCCCCUCACUUUAAUCGUGAUGGUUACGGGGGCUAUAACGAAAGCCCUCAUCCCAAGGUCCUACUAUAGCCUAUGAGGAAACACUGACCCUGUCACGACAGCCCGCGCCGAGCGGGGCCCGAGCCCCGCACCGAUCGGGAGUCCAUUGAGGUCUCCCUGCUGCGCCCUCCAGAGGCCGCCGCCCCCGCGCAUGCGCUGAGCCGCCCGCAGCACGGCGACGUCCGCUCCUCGCCAGGUGCUUCCGGAUCGUGUCUGUGAGGCGCUGCUGCGAGCGUUCGGCGGCUCCUUUCCGCUCGGCGGUGCUGAGGGGUCUGCUGGGGGCGAGCGGCUCCGCCGCAGAGGUUUAUUUUAUCAUACAAUUCCUUGCUGCCAUAAUGAGGCUUGUCAUUCUUGAAGACUAUGAUCAGGCUAGUGAAUGGGCAGCCAAAUACAUCUGCAAUCGUAUUAUCCAGUUCAAGCCCGCUCAAGGGAGAUACUUCACGCUUGGCCUACCGACAGGGAGUACACCUUUGGGAUGCUACAAAAAGCUGAUAGAAUAUCACAAGAAUGGAGAUCUCUCUUUCAAAUAUGUGAAGACUUUCAACAUGGAUGAAUACGUAGGACUUCCCAGAAAUCAUCCAGAGAGCUAUCAUUCAUAUAUGUGGAAUAACUUCUUUAAACAUAUUGACAUAGAUCCAAAUAAUGCUCAUAUCCUUGAUGGGAACGCUCCAGACUUACAGGUGGAAUGUGAUGCAUUUGAAAAGAAAAUUGAAGAAGCAGGAGGGAUUGAUCUGUUUGUUGGAGGCAUUGGUCCAGAUGGCCACAUUGCAUUCAAUGAACCCGGAUCGAGUUUGUCUUCAAGAACAAGAUUAAAGACUUUAGCAAUGGACACCAUUUUGGCAAAUGCUAAAUACUUUGAUGGAGACUUAUCUAAAGUACCAACUAUGGCGCUAACAGUUGGUGUGGGUACAGUGAUGGAUGCUAGAGAAGUGAUGAUCCUUAUAACAGGUGCACAUAAAGCUUUUGCAUUGUACAAAGCUAUUGAAGAAGGUGUCAAUCAUAUGUGGACAGUUUCUGCUUUCCAGCAGCACCCUCGUACUAUCUUUGUGUGUGAUGAAGAUGCUACUUUAGAACUAAGAGUUAAAACUGUGAAGUACUUUAAAGGUUUAAUGCAUGUGCACAAUAAACUCGUGGACCCACUGUACAGUAUGAAAGAAAACUGAAAGAAGAAUUGAAGAGGAACUGCAUGUGGGUCAACAGCAACAGUUUUAGGUAGCAGAUGCAUUGGCUGCUAUGCAAUAUAUUGAAAACUGUUUAAAAUGGGAAAUCCUAGGUACUGUAUUUUUUUUAAAAGGUCCAAUAUCUGUACAUUCACAUUCCAUCUCUACUUGGUGUUGUGCAUUUUGCUUCAAUAUUUAGAACUCUGGUGUUGGCUGUUACAGUAACUAAAUGGAACAGAACAAACUUGUGGGAGACUGCAUGUUAUAUGGGGGUGCAGGGGGGUGGGACAAAGCACUUAUUUUAGCACAGCAAUGCACUGCAUCUGCCUGUUAGAGGAAAUGAUAUUUUAUUUCCAGUAAUCUGUAAUUGAGGCCUCCGUUAGUGCAACUACACUUUGCAUUUGUAUUUCUAGGCAGAAUGGUUUUGGCCUUUGUUAAAUACUAUGGACUUGUAAUAGCUGUACAAUUUCUACUAUGAAAUGUUCUGUUUACAUACAUAAUGCACACUGAGCUUUUGCACUUGAUUGCCUUAAAUUUAUCUUACACAAACCGUUUUGGGGCAUCUCAAGUCCUGCUGUACAGUUCAGGCAAAUAAAAAUACAAAAACAGUGCCUAAAAAAUGCACCCGAUUCUUGAAAGUGUUAUAACUUACUCUGGUUACUUACAUUAAAUGUCUGCCAUAGCACUUUUUCCUCUCAUGUAUUUCAAAUUACUUUAGGAUUUUUAUACUUCUAGUAAUUGAGCUUUAUAUGUAAAGGAAAAAUCUAGAUGUUCCUUUUCUGGAUGUACCUGUUUAAUUGUAUUGGAUGUUGUCAUUAAAUGCCUGGAAAGAGGUUAACUUACAGGAACACGAAGUCUACAAAUUUAAAUGAUCUUGUAUUAAAGUCUACUGUUAAUCACUCUGUAAUAAUUACCUCUUACUGUAUUGCUAUAAAUAUUGAACUGUCACAAGGAAUGUUAUUUCCUACUCUGAAUAAGUAAAAUCUAAAUCUACCCUUUCCAAAUUGUUCUCUUUCUAAGACAGAGGGGAGAGGAUAAGUAUUUUGUCUUCUUCCUGUAAGAAAGAACUGUGUUUUUUUAUUAUGACUUUUGUGAUCCACUGACAGAGCCUAACUUGAAUUUAGUUUUUCAUUUAAAUGUUAAUGACUUGUUCUUGUUUUGCUGCUCUAGAUUUGUGCUUUUUUUCUUAAAAAAAAAAAAAAGUGGCUUACAAGAUGCUUUCUGAAGAGUAGAAUUCUUAUUAGUUUAUACCAGACUAAUUAAACAGACCCUAAACUACAAAA